GUACGUGAUCCUGGUGCGACGUAACUGUCGUGAGGCCUGGCUGCUCUUUUCAAAGGACCAGGGUGCCGUUACCAUCCCGAGUAUUUUAGCGAACCGAUGCGCGUCUCCGUCGUGCAGCUAAGAUGUAGUGUAGUGGACGUCUUUCCAAUAUGGCGUUUGCUGCUGUGUUGUACCUCGCAGAUGGACGUGAGGGACAAUACAAGCUUGCUAACAGGGACCGGCAGAUUGGGCUUAUCGUUGAUGAGCGUUUUGUGGCUGGGCUUCGAGGCGGUUGUGCGCACGAUCGGGAUCUCGAAACUCGACUCGUCGACACGGUGAAAUACAGGCACAACAGCGGUACUGGUACUCCAUCGUCUCGGGGAAGGGCUGAUACCAAAGGGGCGGUGAUAGUCGACUUUUCGGGCACCAAAUGGAUGAAGGGCACGCGGUUCGUGAUCGCGGAGGACGAGGUGUUCGGCGGUCGGUUCUAAGAGGAAAUAUCAUGUGCGGAGGCAGGCCCCAGGGAUAGGGGAGUUAGGCGAGACCGCCCAGUUGACUGUAUUGAGGUUCUCAAAGGGGUCAAUGCCGUUACUGAUAGUUUGCCGGCUAUAAGGACCGUCCGAGUAUAAGUAAGCAGGGAAGCUUCCCAGGAGCCGGACAGCAUGUCUCAGCUACGGCUGGCAGCGUUGCUUUCGAGGACCAGCUGAUGAUGCUCAGAUGGUUAUAUCGAAGAAGGGUGAGGAGGAUCUGAGAAUGGUGUUCCCAGGAGCUUGGCGGAACGGCAUGGGUGAGAGAGGGAAAAAAGAGCGGGGGAGAGAAAGGAAAAAAGUCAACGCCAGGCUCGGCGGUCGGGUCGGGUCGAGGGCAAGAUGUCGAGGGUUAAGAGGGAGCGAAAAGGAACUGAGGGCGUUGCGAUCGUUCCCACUUCCCAAAACUGCCCAACCUAACGUCAAAGGUAACGUCAAAUGGACGUGGCUCUCAGGCGGGCGGGAAAGCUUGGCCUAGCACUACGUCAGUACGGGCCCUUUGAAGGCCUCUUCGUUUCUCCUCCCCUGCCCCCCCCCCAUCCUUCCCCUAUCAGACAAACACAGCUACGGUCCGCUCGGGAGAAGGGGGAGUGACGCGGAAAGUUGCUGUGGCUCCAGUUUGCAAUGGAGGAAGAGCAAUGGAUGAUACCCGCUAAAGAAAGGCUGAGCAACGGGUUGAAGUUGAGGAGCACGCGAGGGAGGGUAAAGCGAUACACACGAUGCUU